AUGGAGGAUGUGCAAGAUGCAGACGAGGAUGGUGGAGAAGCUGGAAAGAUAGUGAAGGAGACUGUCCAGGAGGCAUUUAGCAACUAUCAAGUUGAUUGCGUCAACUUCUCCGUGCUCAGUUCUGAUCAAAUCUCUCGAUACAGCGAGGUUGAGGUCUUGAACUAUGCCCAGUACGAUUUGGCAAAUGAGAGACCCUUCGUGUAUGGCCCUUUGGACCUGCGAAUGGGCAGCAGUUCUAAGAACGUGCUUUGCAGCACCUGCGGUAAGCGCUUAAACGAGUGCGUUGGACAUUUCGGCCACGUGAGCCUUGCUCUUCCGGUCUUCCACGCUGGGUAUCUGCGGCAUACGCAUCAGGUGCUGGCUUCCGUUUGCAAGUCCUGCGCCAGGUUGCUGCUGGCAGAGGAUGUGCUGGAAAAGUACAAGAAGCGCUUAAGGCGGCCUCAGACGGACGACUUGCAGCGGCAAAUGCUGCAGAAGCGAAUCUUGCACGCUUGCAAGUCUACUCGGGCUUGCCCCCACUGCGGCUAUCAGAACAGCUCUUUCCGAAAGGGACCUGGUGUCCCACUCAUCUUGAGACAUGCUGUGGGGCCGACAAACAAGCAAACCUCGGAGGAGGUGUCGAUCCCUUUCAUCGAUUCCUUCAAUGAGGCGAAGUCCUUCAACAAAGAUCUGGAGUCUUACACUGACAAGGCUUCGGAAGACUUUAACCCUCUUGUUGCGUACGAGCUGAUGAAGCGCAUCACUCCGAGUGACCGAGAGAUCCUCGGGUUCCAACACCCCGAGCAGCUGCUGCUGAUGUCGGUGCCCGUGCCGCCCGUUUGCAUCCGCCCCACGGUGAGCAUGGGUGAUAAGGGCACGAGGGAGGACGACCUGACGAUGGUCGUCGGAGAGAUUGUCGAGGCCAACUCUGCUUUGCAGACCCAGCUGCAACGUGGGCUUCCAAGGCAAGUGCUUGAGGCCUGGGAGUUCCUUCAGGAGGCUUGCGCCAGGUACGUCAACUCAGAGAUCUCCGGGCUCACCCAGAUUAAGGGCAAGUCUAUCCGCUCCAUCUGCACGAGGCUGAAGGGCAAGGAAGGACGAUUUCGAGGCAACCUGAGUGGCAAGCGCGUGGAUUUCUCUGGCCGGACUGUGAUUUCGCCGGAUCCGAACAUCAGCGUCGAGCAGGUGGUGAUCCCCGAGUGGGUGGCGAAAAGGAUGACCUUUCCUGAAAAGGUCUGCGAAGCGAGUAUGAGUCGACUGAAGUUAGCCAUCAUGAGAGGUCCCGAAGAGCAUCCUGGUGCAUGCUUCGUGAGAACAAAGGACGGUCGGACCAAGUUCCUGGGGGCUUUGGGGAAGCAGUUCCGUAAGCAGAUCGCCGAGAGCUUGAAGUGCGGCGAUUUGGUCGAGCGCCACAUGCGAAACGGGGACGUCGUCCUUUUCAACCGGCAGCCUUCCCUGCACCGAUUGUCCAUCAUGGCACACCGGGCCAAAGUAAUGCCCGGACGAACCUUUCGAUUUAACGAAUGUGUUUGUGCACCCUACAAUGCGGACUUCGACGGGGACGAGAUGAACAUCCACCUGCCACAGACGGAGGAGGCAAGGGCCGAGGCUAUGCAGCUCAUGGGGGUGCGCGACGGACUCGUCACGCCGAAAAGCGGGGAGGUUGCCGUCUGCGCCACCCAGGACUUCCUCACAGGAGCUUUCCUCCUCACCCAGAAAGACGUCUACUUGUCAAGGGACAAGUUCUGUCAGCUUUGCUGCUUCCUCUCUGAUGGCUUGGAGGCUAUUGACCUGCCGCCGCCUGCCAUCAUCAAGCCUUGCGAGCUCUGGACCGGGAAGCAGGCCAUUUCGGUGAUGCUCCGGCCCAACCGGCAGUCCAAGGUCUUUGUGAAUCUUGAGGUUCCAGAGAAGAACUACAGCAAGAAGAACCAGACGUUCUGCUGCAACGACGGCUACGUGCUUUUCCGCAACUCAGAGCUUCUCAGCGGCAACCUGGGAAAGAAGGUCUUGGGUGGGGCCAAAAACGGCCUGUUCUUCCGGCUCAUUCGUGACUCUGGGGCUCGUGCUGCCAUGGACUGCAUGAGUCGCAUUGCCAAGCUGACUAGCCGUUGGCUCAUGAAUCGCGGCUUCACUAUUGGGAUUGACGACGUUAAUGCCGAGUAUGGCCGUGGCGGUGGCAAGGUCACGCAUGAGAAGCAGCGGAUCACAAGGGAAAAGUACGAGACGGUUGCCAAUUACAUUGGCCAAUACAACAAAGGGACCCUGGAGAACAAGCCUGGCUGCAAUGCCGAGCAGACUCUUGAGGCUUUGGUGAAUGGGGAGCUUGGCCGUAUCCGUGACCUCGUUGGUGGCAUGUGCGAAGAGAAGCUUGCUUUCUUCAACAAGCCUCGCAUCAUGGCCACAUGUGGCUCCAAGGGAAGUCCCAUCAACCUUUGCCAGAUGAUGGCAUGUGUUGGUCAGCAGAACGUGGGUGGCCAGCGUAUCAAGGAUGGCUUCGUGAACCGCACGCUCCCACACUUCCCAAAAGGUUCCAAGGAGCCCAAAUCCCGGGGCUUUGUGGCGAACUCUUUCUACACCGGCUUGGAACCUCCGGAGUUCUUCUUCCACACCAUGGGUGGUCGCGAGGGCCUCGUGGAUACCGCUGUGAAGACGGCCGAAACCGGCUACAUGCAGCGGCGGCUGAUGAAAGCCUUGGAGGACCUGGCUCUGAAGCAGCCUGGUUGUUUUUUUGGCAUGUUUUAG